UUAUCGCCACAGUCACACAUACAUAGCUCAUUCCUUUACAUACACACAACACCCAACAGUUACCUUAUACCUUCACCCAUCUUUCCUUUAUUACUUUUUGAAUAAAUUUAGAUUUUAUUAGACUGCUUUUUUUUCUUGUUUGACCACUAUUCAGGUAGAAACUUCCCUGAUUAAUUAAAUUAAUAACAAUCAAAUUAAACAUGGCGUUUAAUUCUGCGUAUCAGUUACGCCAUAUCCGUACUAAUACUUCCCUUCAAAAUGACACUUCGUCUGUGGUUGAACGUGCCAACUCGUUACUUUCUGAUUCACAAUCUCUGUGGGUUUUAUUCAGUCCAUCUAUGGAAACGACAUCUGCGGUAAAUGUUGGAUCAGAUAUCUUAUCAUUUACAAAUGGUAGUUUUGAGGAGGAGGAUGAUGCAGAGCAAGAUGAUGUAGAAGAAGAAGAAGUUGAUGAGGUACGCGAUUAUAAUGGAUAUGAUAGUGGAGAAGUUACGGAAGCAGAAUCUGAUCUUGAAGAUGAUGAUUCUUUGAUUGAUAAUCUUAAACAAAGUAAUUUAACCCCUUCACCAUCUCAGCUGAGGCUUGAACAAUUGAUUUUAAAUUAUGGUGCUACACAAGGAGGUGAUGAUUCAUUAAAUAAGCGUAUUAAUAAAUGGAAGAUGUCUCAAGAUGUCCCCGUCGAUGAUAAUACCGCCUCUUGGGAUUUGGACGAAAAUAUAAUCCAUGAUCUUUUACAAGCGAAGGAGUUGGACACUUCAAUCUUGAGUGGUGAUUCUUCUCUGUAUUACGGCAAUGAUAUCUUCAAAGGAUACUCUAGAGGUGAUUUGAUGCGGUUCAGAAGAAUUGCUAAUGAUUUAAAGUCAUCUUUAAACAGAAAGGAAGACUCAACGAAAUCCUUCCCUCUUGCAAUUACACAACUUCUCAUGAGAUUAUUUGAAAAGGAACAACAUAAUCAACAAUACAAGAGAACUACCACCCCAAGCAGUCCAAACUUGAAGAGAAGCAAUAACUCACAUAAACGUUAUUCUACCAUAUUGUCUGAGUUCAUCGAUUCAAAGGAAAGUAACCGAUUUUUGUCUUCAGUUAUUAAGAACCAAAUUAAAAAUUCUUUGAGUUCACAUUCAGGGGAAUUUGCAGCCCCUCAAUAUGAUACCAUAUCAAGUACAGGUUCUUCAUCUUUAGUUGCCUGUGGUGGCGGUGGUGGUGGAUUUGGAGGGUCUUCGUGGAAUGAUAUAUAGAAUGCGAGAGAAUGAUAUAUAAAGGUUUUGGGAAUUGGACGGAAGUUAUACACGUUCUAUGAUUCUAGGUAGAGAAUAAUUAUCCUAGGAGAUUUUACAUAUGGGAGCAUAAAGGAGGGACUAAUUUGCUACGAGGAUUGAUUGAUUUUUGUUUUUUUCCCUUCCCCUCUCCUUUUUUAUUUUAUUUUUAUAUUUUACUGGGGAAGGGAAUCAACAAUGGUAGGAGUAGAUUCAAUAUAGGUGUACAAUAAUAACAUAUAAUAAUACAUAUUACA